CAUGGCAUUCAUGGCGUGCUUUUCCGCCUCGAGUGACAGCCCUUCAUCUAGGUAAUUUCGGUAAGCUAUCAAAGAUUUCAAUGUAGCCACAACUGUCGCAUUCGCGUUCCGAACGCUCUGCGAAAAGUCGCAAUAACACAAUGUCCGUGUACGAAGAGGCCUCGCAGCUGUUUCGGCGCCAGUUUACCUUCAAAGCCUCCUCUGCAUGGCGACCGCCGGACCCGAACCGCAUCUGCUCCGACGCCGACUGGUGCCUGCCGGCGCUCCAGCAGAUGAAGACGGAGCUGAACGCCACCAAGAGCCUGCUGAACGACAUGGAGCCCAUAGCGUGGCGCCGUCACACGACGUGGACCAACCGGGCGGCGAACGUCAUGAACCGGGUGCGUCAGAGCGCCGCGCCCGAACUGCUGACGCAGGCGUGGUGCAAGUUUUUCCAGCUCCUCCACGACUACGAGCUCGCGGACACCGUCCCUCUGCGGUCGUUCCACCUGUGCGAGGCUCCGGGCGCUUUCAUCCUCGCCCUGCAGCACUACUUGCGCUCGGGGUGCGCCGAGGACGAGUGUGACCGCGGUGGCGAAGACAACUGGACCUGGUUCGCCAACACCCUCAACCCGUACUACGAGGGGAACGACUUCAAGUCGACCGUCACCGACGACCGGCUCAUCUUCACGACGCUCGACCGGUGGUACUUCGGCCAAGACCAAACGGGAGAUGUGAUGUCGCCCGAGUUUAUGGUAGACCGCUUCCUCGAGACGUCGUCGAGCGACGCAGGUGGCGGCUUCCAUCUAGUCACCGCGGAUGGCAGCGUGGACUGCCAGGACGACCCUGCCGAGCAGGAGGCGACUGUGGCGCCCCUGCAUGCGGCCGAGGUCGUCGCGGCCCUCAAGCUGCUCGCCGAGGGCGGUCACCUCGUCUUAAAGAUGUUCACCUUCUUCGAGAUGUCGUCAGUGUCGCUGCUGUACCUGCUCAACUGCGUCUUCCGGCAGGUGCACGUUAAAAAGCCCGCGUGCAGCAAGCCCGGCAACUCGGAAGUGUACGUCGUCUGCAAGUCCUUUCGCGGGGAGGCGCUGACGGCGGACCAUGUAACUGCCCUAACCAAUCUGGUGGCCGACAGGCGCGCCCUCUGUGUUUCUGGCGUGGAAGACCUCCCGGCAGACUUUGUGAGCCAGGUAGAAGAGUGCGCGCAGUACUUCAAGGAACUUCAGGAGCGAACCAUCAGGGAGAACAUCCAGUGGUUCCAAAACGACAUGGAUCAACCAAGCUGUCUGAGAUUGCAGAGUGUGAAGGACACGGUGGCAUCGCUCUACAUCAAGCGUUACGAGUGUAGGCACGUCGGGCAGCCGCCCCUGCCACUGAUGCAGGGCCCGAGCACGUUCCUGCUGCGCUGCCGGGGCUGGAAUGUGGCCAGCUUCAGCGAGCGCAAUGGCUGCAGCAACUGGUGGAAGAAGCACGCUGAAGAACUGCGGAAGAUGCUGGAUGGUGUGCCGCUCGCAAACAUCUCCCACAGCCAACCUUCCACAGAGCUGCUGUCAGACAGGGUUGCUCCGUGUGCGUCUUGGAUCCGCACAGGCCGCAAGUACGGGAAAUUUCCAGGCCUCAAGUUCUGCUCGUCAGCCUUGCUGGACAUGGCCCUCAUGCUCGGCCUGUCGGACGCCAUCGACUCCACUAACGAUCUAGCCGCGAUGGUGGACACCUCCAACACCUCCCUCGUGGAAUGCGGUAGGGACAACAUGAGGUCGGCUACAGACAUUGCAAAUGCAGUCUCCCAGCUAGAGUUCGGGACGCAUCUCGCAGCCAGACUUCGAGAGACUUUGAGCCGAUUCUCGGCUGGUGUCCUCUAUCUCCUCGCUGGUCUUUUCAAGACCGUGACGGUGACUUUUUCGGACGUUCCCGGAACGUGGCCUCUAUGGAAGUUUUCAGACGUUGACGUUGACUGCGCAGAUGCACUGCUCGAGUACUUUGCAAUGAUCACAGCCGUGGAAGUCGGAGACACUUCGACUGUACUGGAGGUCGUGCCCUUGACCAUGCUGUGUGACACCAAAUUCAGCAGGUUUCUGAUGUCCGUGAAUGAUAACAUAUUGCAUGAGUUCGUGACGGACGUUCUCGACUCUGCAGACAGUUGCCAAACAUCGUGUGACUGAUUAGUUAUGUGUAUGGAGUUUCAUGUGCGCACCUGUGAACUAAAUGCAACAUAUGCUUGU